GUUUUUUUUUUUUUUGUUUUUCUGUGUCCGCCUUUUCAAUUCCUCCUCCUCCUCCUGCUGGGCGUCCCAUGACCAGGAAUCGAUGCUCCGUUUGUUUUCACGUAAAACGAGAAAAAGCUCUGAUAGUCAUCUGGUCGAUGAACUGCUGGUUACAUUUUCUAAUCUUUAACCUUCAAUAAUUUCUCAGAAACCCAACUUUGCGACUCUCCCCAAAACCCCGAAUCUCUGUUCCACAAUAUGACUUUUUUCUUCCAAUACCUCACCAUCAAUCUGCUCUCAAGGAAAAGAAGAAGAAGAUCUAUCCCUCCCAUCUCACAAGUCACAAAAAAAUCGUCAUCAUCUGCGGCAGCAGGGGCAUGCACUACCAUAUUGGACCUUCCAGGCCACAUCCUCAUCGACAUACUCUCAAGGCUACCUCUCGGCUCAGUCUUGUCCUCCAGGUGCGUAUGUACAGCUUGGAGCACUUUAGUCUCAGACCCUCUUUUCGCUUCCCUGCACAUCGCAAGAGUUCAACCCCUCGAGCUCUUGCUCCGCGCCAAUGGCCUCGGCUGUGUUUCCACAGCCCUUCACUUGGUCGAUGUUGAUUGCAUUGUCAAAACCGCUCCACCUCUUGAUCUAAACGAGAGGCAGGAGACGAGGCUUAAUACCAAAAUGUUGCUCCCGAUUCCCGAAUAUAGCAUUGAGAGCAGGGGUGUUGAUCAAAAUGAUAGUAGCAGCAGUAAUAGUUUCUUGGACCGUGAUUAUGGUAUUGUUAAUUCUUGUAAUGGGUUGCUCUGUUUGAGCAAAUCCAUAUAUAACAAUCCUCAUAUUAUAUGCAAUCCGUUCACGGGUGAGUAUGUAAGUAUUCCCAAUUCUCAAGGGGAUGACAGGUUUUGGGGUCCUGUUGUUCCGGGUUUUGGUUAUUGUCCGAGAAGUAACAAGUACAAGGUUGUGAGAUUGGGAUUUCGGCUUGAGAAUAUGUUUCAGAGUAUGGCUGAGGUGUAUACGGUUGGAACAGCGUCCUGGAGGAGCAUCGGAUAUGCUCCAUUUGAUCUUGGUGUAUCUUUGUUUGCGACGUAUCUGAAUGGUGUCAUUCAUUGGGUAAGUGAUGAUGAGAAGGGUCCGGUUUUUAUCGUGGCUUUUGACUUUGAGGUGGAACAAUUCAGUGUGGUUCCGUUGCCUCCUCACUUCGGAGAGACACACAAAGUAAGAGAAAAUUUGCACCAUAUGAAUAUGGGAGUGUUAGGAGGUUGUCUUUCUGUAUGUGAUGUCACUUUUGUGGAUCAUUUUGAUAUAUGGGUGAUGAAGAAGUAUGGUGACCCAACGUCUUGGACUAAAGAGUAUGUUAUACAGACACACUCUGGUCACCUCCACCGGCCGUUGAAGGUCCUGGAGAAUGAAGAUAUAUUGAUGAUAUGGGAUAAGAGGGAAUUGGUAUUAUAUAAUCCUGUGGAAAGAUGUUUUAGAUAUCUAAGGAUUCAUGGGGUUCUGUCAGUGUUUGAAGCACUUAUUCAUGUACCAAGUUUCCUCCCACUUAUGGAUGCCGUUGUUGGAGAUAAUCUGAAUGUGGAAAACAUAAAAACAAGUUCUGAGAAUGAAUUGUUGGAAGGAGCUGAAACUCUUUUUCUAGUGGAGCAAGGCCAGCCAAGAGCUGAAUCACAAUCACCUUUACUUUGGGGAGCCAAUGAUGAAAGGUGAUGUGUUAGUUGCAGAUGAUGAGGUUUGGAGCUGAUAUUGUCUCUGGUGUGAAGAAUAUUACUAUGUUGAGCUGAAUGCUCAGAUCUUUGUGUGCGUGCGUACACACAUCCGUACACAUACUUUGUGUCACUGAGGUUGGCCAUUUUUAUUUUUUCUUAGCCUGUUCAUUCACGCAUUACCUAUAUCAUAUAGCAUUUGAAAAAGCAAAGCUAUUUUAUAUAGCUUCAUUAUCAGGGUUUCAUGUUCAUUGAAGGAAAAGAAGGCAUGGGCUUUUAGUGUGGUCAAGUAA